AUGAGCAAUGAAAAAGUUCAGCAUAAAAUAAAAUUUGAUUUUUGGUGCGAAAUUUUGAAUUUCUUGAGCUAACAAAAAUCGAUUUGACUGCGUACAUUAGAUACUCAGCCAAAAUUUUGAGUUGAGGAGAUUUGGCAGCGUACCUGGGAAGUUUAGUACUCAGCUAACUUCAGAUGAAUUUUAAAAAUUGGAUUUUCGCGCCUCAGAAAAUCUAGAUCCACUAUACAACUACAAAAAAUUAGAUCCAAAAAUUUUUUUCUAUUAAAAAUUUAGUAUAGUUUUUCUUCUUCUAACUACAAAAAAAGUGCACAGCAAAAUUUUUUGUCAAAAAAAAAAUUUUAGAAACAAAAAAAACAACUGUUCCUCCACGUUCCAUUACACAAAAGAGACGCAGACAAAAAAUCUUAUAUUCAUAAAAAAAAGAAAACCGAAAACGGCUGGUUUCGUCGAAACAAGGGACAGCGAAUUGUUUGCUUGUUUGUGUCUUGUCGCGCGAGUACUGUAACACACGAGUGGCGUGUGCAUUUCUUUUAUUUUUUAUUUCCUUUUCGUUUUUCAUUUUUUUUUCGCGGUUUCGUAGGUUUCGAUACGUAAGUCAAACUCAACUUUUAAUAAUAUAUAAAUAACUAUUUUUCAGGCGCAAAGAAAAAGGGACGAAAAUGCGACAACCGCUUCGGGACAUCGGAAACCGGAAUUAUGUGAGUCGUUUUGCAAGAAAAAAUAAUAAAAACUUUAAAAUUUCUCUCAAAGAAAAUAUUCAAUCUAACUUUUUUCGAAUUUAGAAAAUUAUCAGCUUAUCAGCGAAUUUGUUCUGGUGAAUAUUGUUAAUUAUGCCGAAUUGAUCACCAGCGGAAUGAGGAGAAAAACAUUUUUCGAAAAAACAAUUUUCGGAAGAUUGCGGUCAUCGAAGGUCAAAGAGAUUGUUUUCUCCAGUGAUUAUAUUUUUUUUACAUUAGAGCGCACAAUCUCUUUGACCAUCGAUGACCGCCAGCUUUCAAAAAAAAAAAAACAUUUGUUCUCCUCAUUCCGUCGCCAAUCAAUUCAGCAGGAUGAACAAUAUUAAAUUUAACUUCGAGAAACUAUUAGUUUUGAACGCCAGAAAUAAAAAAAAAACAAACAACAAAACGUGAUUUUCACACCAGAAUCCAAGUGAUAAAAGCUUACUUAAAAUCCAAGAAACAUUCGUAUUCAAAACUUCAAUAUGAAAAAAGGAAAAAAACAAUAUCACCUAACUCCUGGAUUUUUAUAAUUAAAAUUCCUACCUAUAUCUCUGAACCCAUCAAUUCUAAUUCUAGAAAAAAUCUGCCUUAUGCUUUUCUCCAAGUUUUCCAACCAGCAGCCUUCCUGCGUCUUUUGUAAAAAAAAAACGAUAAUGAAUCUCCAAAUAAGAGUUCAAAAUUUUAAUUCAAAUUUAAAACUUAAUAAUUUUUCUAUGCCUUUCUCGUAAUUGACCAUUCAAUGGAUUUCUAACAUAAUUGAAUUGAAAAUUUAAUUGAACUCCAAAUACAAAAUUAAUUCUACCCUUUUAAUAAAAUAAAAAAAAAACUAUGAAAAUUAUUUCUAUGCCGAACCAAACUUCGAAAAAUCUCUGUUUAAAUCUAAUUACUUAUACAACAAACCGUGGCUGGACUCGUGGAUUACAAAAUAAAAAUAGUAUACAUUAAUUUAAUAAAAAUAAAAUGGAAAAAUUGUGAGUUUCGAAUGAUUUUUGAACUGCAAAAAAUUCAAAGAAAAAAUGGUUAAAAAUUUGCUUUUAAAGUUUUUCAGCCAGUUUCUAACUGUUUUUAAACUAAAUUCUAAAUUAAAGUCAAUUUUCUUGAAAAUCUGCUAAAAUCUCACAUUUUCAUAGACCUUGUAUUAAAUUAUAAUGAUAAAAAAAAUUAUCAAUGAAAUAAGAAAAUAAAUUUGAAUUAAAUAAUCAUUUUUUCCAUUAAAGACUUUGAGAAUUUUCAGAAGUCGACAUCAAGAAGGACGAGGAAAUUCAACAUCUUGGCAAUUUUAUUUUUUAUUGGUAAAAAAUAAACAUUAUGAAAUCUCUAUUGUUAUUAAUUCGGUUACUCGGAAUUUUUUAAUUUUAACAUUUUUUAUUACCCUCCGGUCUCUCCGGAUGAUGACUUCCACCUAUGAACAAAUGUUUUUUGUCAACAAUUUAACAAAAAUCGAAUUUGGCUCAAAAUAAUUCUCAGACAAGAAACGUGAAAAUUUUUGGUACAGUACUCUCAUGAAAUUCACGUUAUUUGAUUUUUCCCGCGUAAUCUAAUGAUAGGAACUUGUUUGCACUGUUGACUAUUUCAAAUCCUUCUGGUGUUUGAGCGGUGUUCUCUCUCUACAUUCCCAAGAAUUUUCUGCCAUUUUUUUCUGUUUGAGGGUGAGGUUUUACUUUUCACAACAUGUCAGUCAAGUGAAACUUGGAAUUUGAUGAAAAUAAGAGAGACGCAGACGUUUUCACGCCAGAAUCUCAUUUUUUCAUUGAAACAAUCAUUGAAAAAAUAUGAAAAAAGUAAAAACGUGAAUGGCGGUCGGUUCCUAAGCUUACAAUUAGUCAUAGUUUGGGCCGGAGUCCCAGACUCUCAACAGGCUUAGGCUUAGGCUUAGUUCGGGCCCAAGGUCCACAUUCUUAACAGGCUUAGGCUUAGGCUUAAUAUGUGCAGAAGGCCCAGACUUCGAACAGGCUUAGGCUUAGUUUGGGCUGAAGGCCAAGACUAUGAACUAUAAACAUUGGUUUGGGUGAUUCUUUUAUUUAUUAAUUUUUCGCCAAGUGAAAAGAUUGUUAUGUGAGGGUGGUGAAUGAAAAAGUUUGAACAAAACGCCCAGGAACCACUAUUUCUUCCAAAAAAAUUAUUUUUUGAAAAUCUUCAUCAUCACAAAUCAAAACAAAACAAAAUAAAACGACGUGUGGUUUUUGAAUAAAAUAAAAUAACUUGAAGAAGAAAAUGGGCGGGGCAGAAUAUCUCUGGCCUCACUCUCUCAAUUCUGCGCACUCUCUCUUCUGAUCGCGUUUUUGCACGUAAAAUCGAAUGGCGAGAGAUGGAGAGACGCAGAGAUAGGGGGGAGAUUGUUGGAAGAUAUUGGGGCAAGAGGUCAGGGUCCCUAGAAUAUACUUGGGAUAGGUUCAGGGGGAGUUAGGCUAACUGGUUUAGAGGAGAAUCUAGAAAUUCAAAAAAAUCUGGGAAAUUUUUGAAAAUAUUUCCAGAAGUAAAGAAAGUUCCAGAAAAAUUCAGAAAAUCAGGAAAAUCCCCAGAAGUUUCCAGAAAGCAUUAAAAAUUUAGAAAAUCUCAAAAAAAUAUUUCAAAAAUCUCUAGAACUUUCUGAAAGUCUCUAAAAUAUUCUGGAAAUUCUCUAGAACUUUCUUAUAUUUUCUGGGAUUCUCUGAAAUUCUCUAGGAUCUUCUGAAAUUCUCUAGAACCUUCUAAAAGUCUUUGAAUUCUUCUGAAACUCUCCAGAACCUUCUGAAAAUUUCUACAGUAUUCUGAAAUUUUUUUAGAAUCUUCUGAAAUUCUUCUGAAAGUCUCCAGAACUUUCAUAUUCCUCUAAAACCUAUCACACUUUCCCCUAAGCCCUCCGCUGCAGAAUUUAUAGUUCCUUUAUCUCCUCCCACCUUAUCUAAUUCAACGUCAUCACAAAACUGUACAAACUUUACAAAACCCAAUUUUUGCCCAACAAACUUAGGCUAAAUCCAAAUCCAAAUCCAAGUUCAACUCCAAAACAUCUCGACCACACCAAUAAUUUUCGGAUUUUUUUCGUCCAAAUUCUUUUCUUACCGGAUAAAAUUCUCGGUUUUGUUUUGUUUUGUUUGUUCCUCUGGUCAAGGUUAGCCUAACUGAAUAACUUGUAUUCAAAAUUUCUGAAGCGAAAGAACAACCAAAAUUUUUAAUUAGCGGGUAGAUGGCAAGAUUUUUGGGUUCCCGAGAAAAAAUCCAGCUUCCCGGGGAAACCAUAAUUAGGUCAAUCAAUUCUGACGAAAAAAACUAGACCAGCUUUUCUUCUUUCAAAAACAGAUCUCAUCGAAUCCAAUUUGUGUUUUGUCUGCGUCUCUCACUCUCUCGUAGGUGUCGCGCAGUGGAUAUUACACAAGAAAUUGUGAAAGUUACGUGCAGAUCUGGGGAUGUACGUGGGGAAUUGGAGAGAGAAGGAGGGCAGAAACGCAGAGAAGGGGAUUGCUCAGGUUAGAUGUUAAAAUAUAUUGCGAAAAAGUUAUGACGUGGCAAAAAAAAAGUUAGCAUCACUUUUUUGAGAUUCAUAAUUUUGAAAAUAAUUCAGCUGAACACCCUUUUAGACUGAAAAUAUAUAAAACAGCAACAAUAAAACACACAAAUUUUUGAAAAAGUGCGCGAACAUGCAAUUUUCAUCAAUAGGGCGCACUUCCAUUUUUACUUUUAUUUUCUUGUUUUUGUUUUUUCGCAAAUGUUUCAUUCACGUUUUUUUGUUGUUUUACGAUGAAUUUGAAUGAAACUUGUUGUAAAAUUGAUAUUUAUCUAUUUUUCUAGUACAAGUAACACAAGUUUAGUUGAUUUUCGAUAGUUUUAUACUAAAACUGGUGCUCAAAAAGUAAUUUUAUGAAAAAAUGUUCUUUCUUGAAUUUUUCUUUGGUUUAAAGUACUUGAUUCAUUUUUACUUUACAGGAAAAAGGUUUACGAAAUGCUGGAAAUAUCAAAACAAUUAUUGAAGUGAAUAUUAGUUGCAUGAUUGUGAUUUUUGAAGAAAAAUGGAGGGAAAGUGAGUUUUUUGAAAAUUUGAGGUUUUGAGUUUGUCGAAAGAUCGUGAAAUUCUGGAUUCAGAAUUUAAUAUAAAAAUCCAUAAAAUUAGGAUUCAAACUUCCAAAUUUGCUAUUCAAAAAUCAAUGUUUCCGCUUACAUCUGGCCAGCCAAAAAACGUGCGUUUUCCUCGUUGUGUCUACGUGCGCAAACCGGGCAUCUGGUAAAAGAAAAAAGAAGAAAAAGAAGAGGAAGAGGAAUUUCCACUUUUUAUUGUAA